AGCAGAGGGAGGAUGAAGAUGAAGGGCACAUCCUGAAGAGAUGCUCGUGACAUCAUCCCCGGCAUAUAUAUAUAGGGAAGGGUCAAAGCAUCUCUCAUAGUUCAGUCACUUCCAAAGUCAGCUGGAGGCUGGAGGAAGCGCGAGAGAGUCCCUUCAGCUUGUCUCUGACGUUUAUGGACUUGGCUUGCUAGAAGGCUCAAGAUGAUGAUGGCAGGAAUGAAAAUCCAGCUGGUGUGUGUGAUACUGCUGGCUUUCAGCUCCUGGACUCUGUGCUCAGAUUCAGAAGAGGAAAUGAAAGCGUUAGAAGCAGAUUUAUUGACCAAUAUGCAUACAUCAAAGAUAAGCAAAGCAAGUGUUCCCUCCUGGAAAAUGAGCCUGCUGAAUGUGUGCAGUCUUAUAAAUAACCUGAACAGCCAAGCCGAGGAAACGGGAGAAUUUCAUGAGGAGGAGCUUAUGACAAGAAGGAAAUUUCCCACUGCCCUGGAUGGCUUUAGCUUGGAGGCAAUGCUGACAAUAUACCAGCUCCGAAAAAUCUGUCACAGCAGGGCCUUUCAACAUUGGGAGUUGAUUCAAGAAGAUGUUCUUGAUGCUGGAAAUGACAAAAAUGAAAAGGAGGAAGUUAUAAAGAGAAAAAUUCCUUACAUCCUGAAACGGCAGUUGUAUGAGAAUAAACCCAGAAGACCCUACAUUCUCAAGAGAGGUUCUUACUACUACUGAGAGGAUAUUUUAUUUACAUGUGAUUGUGAUUUAUCACCCUUUAAUUAAAUAUAAAAAUAUAUUUGUGUGGAAAUAUGACAGAACGCAAUUGUCUCUUCUAUAAUUGUGGUUUAUUAGAUGUGAUUUUUCUGCAUUAAUAUAAACUGGACUAAAUGUUUUCAAAUAAAUCCAGAUCUUGAGCAUGA